CAAAGGCCCAAACCAAACAUAAGAGGUGAGGAACAGAACAAUUUAAGGUUUUGAUUUGGACUGACGCCUCAUUGUUCUUUCAAUUUAAUGGCUCGACGUCUGCGACUCGAAAUGGUAGCGGAUCAUGCAAGUAGGGAUUUAAUAAGUGAGCUGCCCUUAGAGUUAAAGGUGAGAAUUUUGGAGUGUUUGCCCACCCGAGACGCCGCCAGAACUGCUCUGCUCUCAACACACUGGAAUCAUGUUUGGUUGCGGCUUGGUCGGCUUGCUUUGGAUAAUGACUUUUUCUGGGAUAUCAUAAAAUGCAGUGGUGUAAGUAUCGUGCCUUGUAAAAUAAUAACUUACAUUCUCUUGCAGCGUGUUCAACCCGUUAAGAAAUUUAGCCUACACAUCAUUGGCUUACUUGAUCCUAUGUUGGAGCAGUCGGAUUUGGAUCAGUGGUGUCUUUAUCUGUCAAUAAAUGGCAUUGAGGAACUUGACAUCUCUCAUUGGAAACGUCAAUAUAAGCUGCCACUUUGUAUAGUCUCGUGCACCACAAUCAAACAGCUGGGACUCAAGGGUUUGCAUUUUGAUUGCCCAAUAAAUGCUCCUUCUAUUUUUCCCGGUGUCACUUCAUUAAUUUUCUCUGAUGUUGUUUUUAAUCAUAAUGUUAAUGGAAUUGUGUCUAGCAUUCCUAAUCUUGAGAAGCUGGAAUUCAAGCAUUGUGAAGGAAUCAGUAAUUUUAAGUUCAAAGCUCCAAAACUUGAAAGUUUGUCUGUUAUUGGUUUUAUACCUGCAGCUGAAUCCAGAUGGCUUGUACUUCAUUUGGAAACAAUUAAGGUUCUUUGCUUGGAUCAUAGCAGCAUGUUGUGGGAAGAUGUUGAAGUAGCCUCCUUCCCAACUGCAAUAAAUCUACAAGUAAUCAAACUGAAUUCUAUGAAGUUUGCCAAUGAAAAACAGCUCAUGGGUGUUUUGAAGUUACUUCAAAUAUCUCCCAACCUAUGUGAACUAGACAUUACAGCAAAGGUUUCUGAAGAUGACACAGAAGAUGAUGACAUAAAAAUUGUUUUACGACUUUUGAAGGAUCCAGACAGUUGUAUUGUUAAUCAAGAUCUGAAAAUACUUAAAACAAUUAAGAUUAGACUGUUUUGUGUAUCCACAGUCCUAACGCAUUUUGUGAAAAUGCUGCUCUCAAAAUCCCCUACACUAGAGAGUGUUGUUAUUCGGGAAUAUUAUUUUAUUCAUCGCCAAUACAAUAAGGUGAUAAAAUUCCAAAGGGAGUUGUUGUGCUUCCCUCGCGCAUCUCCAAAAGCACAAAUUGUAUUGUGAAACUCCAUGGGUUCAUUUUG